UGACGUUUGUUAGGGAGUGACGUUUGCAGUGCCGAACGAGGUUCAUUGAAGUCUAGGUUGAAGUAUAUCUGCGACCUAGAUUCAUUGAAGUCUGCUACUCCAGUGAGGCGGCGGGGAGACCAAAACACGCCUAACUCCUUUGGCUCCCACCACAGCCUCCACACCUGCCAACAGACGUCAGUGUGUGUCCUGUGAACUGCUAGCCCUCCCUCACCAGAUGUAUUGGGGAGUUGUCGCUUCCAGCCUUGUACACGACGUUUGUGCUGUCUAGUGAAGUAACCCCACCAUGCGUGAAUACAAACUAGUGGUGUUAGGCUCCGGAGGUGUCGGCAAAUCGGCACUGACAGUCCAAUUUGUACAAGGUAUUUUUGUGGAAAAAUAUGACCCCACAAUAGAAGACUCCUACAGAAAGCAAGUUGAAGUGGACGGGCAGCAAUGCAUGCUUGAAAUCCUUGACACAGCUGGAACAGAGCAGUUCACAGCAAUGAGGGACCUGUACAUGAAGAACGGUCAAGGCUUCGCUCUUGUAUACUCCAUCACGGCACAGUCCACGUUUAACGAUCUACAGGACCUGAGGGAACAGAUCCUGAGAGUAAAGGACACUGAGGAUGUCCCCAUGAUCCUGGUAGGCAACAAGUGUGACCUGGAGGAUGAGCGUGUGGUGGGCAAAGAGCAGGGUCAGAACCUGGCCAGACAGUGGAACAACUGUGCCUUUCUAGAGUCCUCAGCUAAAUCAAAGAUCAACGUUAAUGAGAUUUUCUAUGACCUGGUCAGACAGAUCAAUAGGAAAACGCCGAUAGAAAAGAAGAAAGCAAAGAAGAAGUCAAAUUGCACACUGCUCUAAAGUUCUCACUUGCAGCAGCUCUGAGUCAGGAAGCUGCAAUACAAUACUGUUGCCCAGUUGGAACGUGCCAGCAUUCCAAGAUCUUUCAACAACGUUUGGAGAAGUUUGACAAAGGCAGACAAGUAAUUCUCUACUUCACCACUCUAAUAAUGGAGGAUUAUUCUUCUUGGAUACUCUUCUCUGCUUUUUAAUGGUUAUAAAAUCCAGACCUUUUUCUCUUUUUUUUUUUUUUUCAUGGGACAGCCUUGUGAUGAAGAGUUUUGCCUUUCCCCUGUUUUGGAAAUUACAAUUUAAAACAAGAGACCACCAUGCGGAUUUGGGGAAUUAAGUUGUUUUGAUUGCAAAUAUUGUCAGAUCUUUGGCACAUUUCAAAUGACCAAAUGUUUGCAAAGUACAUCAUGGGAAAUGUGGGCCCUUUUCAUUACCAUACCCUUCUGCACUAAUUGUGUCUACAGUAAUGCAUCAAUGUCCAUAUGUUUUCUCCUACUACUUUUAAGGACUUGUAUUCAUCAAAUAACAUAUUUCCUAAGUGACUUUGUUUUAUAUGGGAAGCUGUAAGGCUUUCAUAUUUCCCAUAAUAUAUUCUAAUUACUGUUUUGCAUACUGAAGCUGUGGAAAAUGUAUAUUUUAUAGAAUGGGGGAAAUGAAGAGACGUGAUUUGUGUGUCUUGAGGCUGAAAAUAUAUUGUACUAAAAACCAACUCUAAUAUUGCUUCUUGUGUUAGUUACCCUGUCAAAUGAUUUUCCAGCUUUUAUGAAUGAUUAAAUUUUAGUACAUUUUCAUU